ACAUGUUGAGCCAAUAGAAAUUCCAGUUGAUUAUAAACAGUUGAGCCAUCAACUUUUCACUUACAAUCUGAGAACUGAGAUAAAGUACUGUGUUGUUCACGUAAUGAGACAAAAUACGUAGAGGGAUGGUUUUUAAAUAACUUAAAGAUAUCAUCUCAAUGUACUGCGAUUUAUAAAUUUUGGAUACUUGACAGGCCAUUACCCCAAACUGUUUUACUAUAGAAAUACAUGUGAGCAUGCUUAAUUUGGAAGGAGAAUGGAGUAUUUCUUUUGCAGGUUGUGGGUUCAUGGGAAUCUAUUAUGUUGGAGCUUCAGCUUGUUUGCUCGAGCAUGUCUCCCACCUCGUUCAAGACGCUUCUAAAAUGUAUGGAGCUUCGUCAGGUGCUCUAAUGGCUGCAGUUCUAACCGUCGGAAUGCCCAUUGAGCAGUGCUGUGAGAAUUUGAUGUACAUGGCCAAGGAGGCCAGAAAGCGUAAACUUGGUCCUCUGCACCCAAGCUUUAACCUGCUGAAGAUCGUGCGUGACGCUAUGGUCCGACACCUCCCAGAUGACGCUCACAUCCGAGCCACAGGCAAACUCUGUGUGUCCCUCACUAGAGUGUCCGAUGGGCAGAAUGUGCUGGCAUCAGAGUUUGACACUAAGGAGGAACUCAUCCAGGCCCUUCUUUGUAGCUGCUUCAUCCCCUUUUACUGUGGUGUCAUACCUCCUACCUACCGAGGAGUGAGUUAUGUGGACGGUGCCAUCAGUAAUAACCUUCCCCACUGCAAAAUGCCCAACACCAUCACAGUGUCCCCUUUUUCAGGCAAAAGUGGCAUCUGUCCAAGAGACAGCACCAUGAACUUCCACGAGGUGCGCUUCAAUAAUGUCAGCAUCCAGGUGAAUACUGAGAACAUGUACCGGGUGACCAGUGCUUUCUUCCCACCAGAGCCUGAGAUAAUGGCAGAGAUCUGCCAUAAUGGAUACAUGGACACUCUUCGCUUCCUACAAGAGAACAACCUUCUCAGAACUGGGAGCCCUUCCACCAGUUGGUUGACAGAAGUAGACUCUCCCAAACCUUCUUGUUGUGAAACGGAGUACGAUCCAACUGAAGCUGAGGAGACUGAGUCUGCAAAUAACUUGUUACUCAAGCCUCAACGCAAGCCGCACUGGUGGCUGGACCCACAGAGAACUGAGAACCUACCAGUCCUUAUCAAGAAAGUGUUGUGUGAGGCAUGCAAGGAGAGACACACGGGUGGUCUGCUUGCUCAGGGUACUGAACUUCUCCCGGGGCGAGUGGCGUCCUUCAUGCUGAUGCCCUACACACUACCUGUGAAGGCGGCUUACUCCAUGACUCAGAAACUGGUGAACUGGAUCCCAGAUGUAUCUUGUGAUAUGCGCUGGCUCUACAGUAUGGCUGGCGAUAUCUACAAACAGGCCUGGAAGAGCACAGACGAUAAGAUAAACAGUGAGGGUCCCCUGCGGCGGUGCUGUAGUCUGCCCUCAGGCCUGGAGGUGUGUGCACAGAAAGAAAAGGAGCAGGAUCUGUCUUCCCUUCCAGAUACGAUCAACACCAACUAUUUAUAUUGUAGCACUUGUGAUAACCAGCCAGAACUGCCCCUGACCCCACCCUCCACACCACCCACCAAAUCGAUGCUUAAAAAAGGGGCUUCACCUUCCAAAAUAGGAGGGGGUUGGGGUUCAGGACUGAGUCGAGCUGUUGGCUGGAUGCGUGGCAAUGCCUCAUCUGAGCAGUCGUCAAGCCCCAGUUCCUCUAAGGAUAAGCAAUCCUCUCCGUGACAUCAGACAACCACUUCAUAGCUUACUUAUGAAAUCAGAAGUAAAUAAAUUGGUGUUUGAUACGGUUUUUAUCCUUUAUUGCAUUUAUCCUUACUGUUUUUUAGUAGUGUCCUUCCUGUAGCACCAGAUUACAGGGUUUUUAGGUUUUGAGCAUUAAAUACUCAAAAAAUAAUGACUGGGACCGGGACCGUCCUUAAGAUUCCCUGACACAAAAGUAAAUUUCUAAUAGCCUAAAGGAUAUUUAGUAAUAUGGUUUUGAAUUGCUUGACAGACGUACUUGCACUAGUUCAGUUUAGUAAGCAUUAUGUAAAUUACACUUAAAUCACAUUUCCCUCGUGGUAUUUUCAAUUGAGUGAAAAGAAUAUAGGCAUACUAAUACAUAAUGACAUUUUAUUAAAACUCCCAACUUCCACAAAAAAAAGGUUCAACAUAAGCAUACAAAAGAUGUAGCUACCUCUAAACUUGCACUCGUUGUCUUGGUUGUUGUUACCUGAACAUUCCAAAUAAGACAAGACAUGAUUUCACAUACAAGACAUGAUUCUGACAAAUUAUUUUACCAUAUAAGUUGCAUUCAUAAGUCUGGUUUAAAAGUAGUAUCUGAGUGAACAUGAACGUUGGUAUGCAAUGAUAAGAGAACUGCUCCUUAUUUAUGACGUAGGUUUUUCUUUUUUUAAUGCAAAAGAGUUGAGCAACAGUUAUUGGUGGACCUUGAAUCCUGCAUAAACAUCAGAUCUCAAGACAAUGUCUUUACAGUUCAUCUCAUUGAGUGAGCCAUAACUACUUUCAGACUGCAAAAGUAACAACCCAAAAAACAAUGGGCAACAAAAUCUUCAUUAACAAAGUUCUAAACAUGAGAUGCCUAUUGUAAAAAAGAAAAGAAAAAGCACCCGUUUGAGUAUUGCAAAAAGAAAGUGUUCUGUGAGGACAUCCUUGAAUCUUUUAUAUCAAGUGGUGUGUAGUUCUUUCUGAUCAUCACUCAGUACCUGCUGUCGAAGGCACAGAAUUGAUAAAAAUAGACAAG